CCCCGCGGCCCAAGAUGGCGGCCGCGCUGAGGGUCCCGCUGCUGACGCUGCUCGUGGCGGGGGCGGCGCUGGGAGGGGGCGGCGGGACCUGCCGGGGAGGCCCCGGCACCGGCCCCGGGAGCAGGCCUGGUGACAGCGAGAGCUGCCGGGUGAGCCUGAGCCUGGAGCACUCCUUCGAGCUGGAUGACACCCCGCGGUUCCGGCGCAGGGGGACCCUGUCACUGAGCCCCGGCCCCGAGCCCGCGCUGGCCCUGGCACAGAAACCCCUCGGGGACGAGGACAGAGCCCGGCUCAGGGAGGUGGCAGCCCGGGAUGGGCUGUACCGUGUGCGAGUGCCCCGCAGGCCCCCGGCCCCCGGCGAGGAGGAGGGGCCUGGCUUCGUCACGUCCUUCGUGCGGGCGUGUGCCCUGCUGGAGUCGCGCCUGUCGGACCAGCUGACCCUGCACGUGGACGUGGCCGGGAACGUGGUGGCCCUGGGGGUGGUGGCACUGCCGGGGACCUGCCGGGGGACAGAGGUGGAGGACGCGGAGCUGGAGCUCUUCAACACCUCGGUGGCCCUGAGACAGCCCCUGCCCGCGGCCACGUGGGUGACACGGGGACGGGGGGGGACAUGGGGACAGGGGGACAUGGGGGGGACACG